CAUCAGCAGCACUUUCACUCACGCUCAGCUUCAACCAGUCGCUCCUGCAUUUUUGGGGGGGUUCUUCGCCGUCUGCGAUGCUAUGAACGAUGCUAUAAGUCAACAUCUGGACUGACGUUGACUUGAUGGACCCUAAAUCCCAGGAGACUUUUUUUUUUCCAGGAUCCUUUCACUUUCUUCUUCUCGGGAAAGAAUGGACCCCCAUGUCCUCACACCCGUACCCCCGACCUCUUCUUCGGGGAACACGAGCCACGCUCCCGCUUCCUUGUCAAGGUCUCCUCCUCUGCCUCCGCACUCUCCGGCGGCAUCCGUGCUCAUCCUGGUGGUUGUCACGGCCAUCAUCCUGGUGACCGUGGUGGGCAACGUGCUGGUGGUCUUGGCCGUGUUCACCAGCCGGGCUUUGCGUGCUCCUCAAAAUCUGUUCCUGGUGUCUCUGGCCUCUGCUGACAUCUUGGUGGCCACGCUGGUCAUCCCCUUCUCCUUGGCCAAUGAGAUUAUGGGCUACUGGUACUUUGGUUCCACGUGGUGCUCCUUCUACCUGGCGUUGGACGUUCUGUUCUGCACUUCCUCCAUCGUCCAUCUCUGCGCCAUCAGCCUGGACCGGUACUGGUCCGUCACCAAAGCGGUCAGCUACAACGGCAAACGGACACCCAAAAGGAUCAAAGUGAUGAUCGGCGUGGUGUGGAUGAUAUCCGUCGUCAUCUCGUCGCCGCCUCUUCUCGUGACGCACACCGAAGAGACCUCGGACUCCACGGGCGGCAUCAAACGUCCGCAGAGGCAGGAGUGUCUUCUCAACAACCAGACGUGGUAUAUUCUGUCCUCCUGUCUCGUGUCCUUCUUCGUACCCGGAGUCAUCAUGAUAUUGGUGUACUGUAAAAUAUACCGUGUUGCUAAGCAACGAGCGUCCACCAUCUUUGUGGCUAAAAACGCCGUCGAGGCCCAACCGUCUCAAUCGGAGACCUGCUUCGGCGGUACUCCGAGAUCUUUCCAAAGAGUCUCAAAGUCGGACGUCCCGCUGCCGGAAAAGAGACAAGAACUGGAUCAAAUUAACUUUGAGGAAAAAACAAUCCAUGCCGACGUUAAAAAGUCUUCUUUUCGUACCUCGCGUCACUUCAGGAGAUCCGCCCAAUUGGGUGCGGCACGCAGGUUGGAAGCUCCUCCUCCAUCCUGCGCCUCCGUAUCGUGGGUGUCAUCGGACCACUGCUCCCAGCAUCUCCUCCUGGCUUCUCCGCUGCCGCUUCCGAGCAGACGUUUGUCGUUAUCCAAAAGCAAAGUGGCGCAAAUGAGGGAGAAACGCUUCACGUUUGUUCUGGCGGUCGUGAUGGGAGUCUUUGUGCUCUGCUGGUUCCCGUUCUUCUUCACUUAUAGUCUCCACGCGGUCUGCAGAGACAAGUGUACCAUCCCCGAUACUCUUUUUGACCUCUUCUUCUGGAUCGGCUACUGCAACAGUUGCUUGAAUCCAAUCAUUUACACCAUCUUUAACCGGGACUUCAGGAGGGCCUUUAAGAGGAUCUUAUUCCAGACUCAUUAGCCACGUUUACAUCACCGGUUUUUAUCUUUACGAAAGCAAUUGUAUACGUCAGGGGUCACACUGGAGCUAGGGUC